AUGUUGCAUCGAACAUUGCAACCAAGCCCUGGUUUUCUUAUCAACAGGCAAUCGAUUUUCAAUCCAGUGGGCUGGCUGCAUGAACCCUCCGCCGCACAGCCUGGUGGAUACAACGAGAAACAAGUCCAUGUUACCAUUCUACCCAAAGAACAGACUUUCUUUUCGGCUCACCCUAUUAUUGCAGCCCAGGAAGGAAAUUUCAGUGGAAAUCUCGCUGGAUUGAUUUGCUAUUCGAGGCGCUGCAACGACACGUAUGAUAUUCCUGGACCGAGGGAGAAUCAGGAGCUUAACCUGUCUCAUGUGGAGAGUGGCUGUUCGGACAAUCCGCGCGACAAGAUCAUUCGAGGAGAUCAUUUGAGCUGCUCACGGGAAAGAACGAUUGACUUUGCGUCAGCUGGCCGCUUGCCUCGAAAGAGAAUUUAUGAAGCAUCGAAAUCCAAGUACUGA